ACCCGCACAGCACUCCGGCGUCGCCAGACGCUAGUACACGCGGCGCUCUCGCCUCGCUAGGCCUAACGCCCUCCUCAUGGCAGCCCAGCAUAACACUCGACACGCUACUCGUGCCCGGAUUGACGCCACGAAUAAUGAAGAGGAAGACUCGCCGGACGAGGUGGUUCCUCCACCGAGUGAGGAUGCGUUUCAAGCCUGGGCGCUCAACACUUACGGGGACAGUGCCAAGACGAAAACCGUCACGAAAAAGAAAUACGCUCGCAUUCUCAAGAUACUCAGAGGUGAGGAACAGACGUGCGCCGAGAACUCAAAGUUCCGCUUUUGGGUCAAAGCCAAAGGUUUCAAGCUGGAAGAAGAGAAACAGGUGCUCACCGUGCCGUGCACAAAGAUCAAGAAAGGCAGCGAUGGCGAGACGACGGUGUACAAGCGGGUGGCCGUGGUGGAAAACUUCUACGAAAUCAUCUACGGUGUCCACGUCGAAAUGGACGGACGAGGUGGAAAACAUGCAGGGCAGAAGAGGACGUACAAAGCGAUAGCUGAGCUGUACGCGUUCCUGCCACGUGAGGCCGUCACCCACUUCCUCAUGUCGUGCUCCGACUGCCAGAAGCGCAUGCAUCUCAGCAUCGCCGGUUGCCAAGGAAACGGCAGCAGCGCCACGUCGGCCAGUUCUCCAGAAUCGUCGAGAGAGGGCGAUGAUGUCGCGUCGCCUGAAGCCACACCGCCGGUGGAGCAGCUUGAUUUCAGUGUGCCCAUCACGACAGCGUACCUGAAGCACAUGCGAAGUCUGGGACUUUCAGAUGAGGAGGCACUCAAUCCCAAGGAGGAGUCGGGAAGCGACGAACUAAGCGACGAUGGAGUGCCGGAAGAAGGGACGGAACAGGACAUGACUGGACAACCCUCCUGGGAACAAAAGCCACUUAAUAUGACCGCUAGGGGGAGCACCGGAGAUCACGACGAGGGUGGACCGUCCACAAUGCAGACAGGCGAUCACACACCGGAUGAUAUGUCCGCAAGCACAAAAGAGGAAGACGAAGAGGAUGAAGAUGACGAGAAGCUCGACAGCUAUGACCCUGAACGGCUGAAGGCCUUCAAUAUGUUCGUGCGACUCUUCGUGGACGAGAACUUGGACCGGAUGGUUCCCAUCUCCCGGCAGCCCAAGGAGAAGAUUCAGGCCAUCAUCGAUUCGUGCGCUCGGCAAUUUCCGGAAUUCUCGGAACGAGCACGGAAACGAAUUCGCACCUACCUCAAGUCAUGUCGCCGCACGAAGAGGACCAGGGAGGGUUGGGAUGGCCGCGCAGCCAUUCCUCACCUGACAUCACCCCUGGCUGAGCAAAUCCUCGCGUCUGCUUGCGAAAGUGAGACCAACAAUGCCAAGAGGAUGCGGCUACAACCGCCUGACGUGGAGGCCCGCUCAUCGACCCCAGGCUUUGUCCAACCCACCAACUUAAAGCGUGACGUGACCUUCGACAGCAGCCAACUCAUUAGCCGACUGACCUCUGACACGACCAAUGUAUGUCCUUUCCAUCACCACCACAGUACAAAGGCCGCUCCACCGACCGUAGUGACGUCCGUCACCACGUUGGUAAAUGGAACUGCACCCCAUCAUCACCACACGUGCUACGCAAACGGGCACCACCAUCACAAUGGUGGCCCCACCGAUCUGAGCGUCAAGAAGUGUCCAGGCACACCGCUCAAGUACUCGCUUAGUCCGAGCGAAGUGAGCGCGGUGCGUCAACUGAUUGCGGGUUACAGGGAAUCGGCUGCAUUUCUUCUUAGGUCUGCCGACGAAUUGGAACAACUGCUUCUACAACACAACUGACAUAUCAAUUCAAUGCACAUAUCUCUUUUUGGAAAGGACAGCUCAAAACAUUAAGUGCUAUUGCCUUUGGCCGAUUUCUUCAUGUCACAAUAGCAGGAAAUUUGAGCUGUUCUUUUUUGGACUUUUGUGAAGCCUUCCAAUGUUAGCCUUGUGGGGCCAAUAAUGGACCUUCUUAUUGUUUGAGACUACAAAGACGUCUAGUCAUGACUUGCCAAAAAUGUUCAUUUUUAUCGCAUAUUUUGUUAAUUUUUGUUGGCACCUGUUCUUCUGGCACUCGUAUUCUAGUCGAUCCAGCAGUGCAAUACGAAGCUCUUCAAUGCACUUUCGUCAAGUAUUUACCAAAAGAUGGCCGGACAUUGUGCAAUUUUUCACUCUCAACUCAUGUACAUAUCCAUGGUACAGAAAAGUGAUAUUUUGUGGAAGAUGUCCUUUUCUAUCAGCAUUCCACAUUGUGGUCCAUUCCAUAUCAAUGACUGCAUAUCAGAAGGUACUGACCAACCAACUGGUUCUAUUUAUUACCAGGAGAGUUUAAAUAUUUUACAAAAACAACUAAUGGCUUUGCUUGGCGCUCGACAAUCCUCUUUGAGCGAACAACUAGCCAUAAUUUUUUUACAUAUCCAAAAUCUCUUACCUAUGUCAAUUGUGAUACGUAUAGGAAGUACUUUCAAGGAGAGAGUAUUUGUUUUCCUGCUAACGUAUAGUAUUUUCGUGUCCAAUAUUUCAGUCAAACAUCAUCAUCGAUCUCCUUCAUAUCGUGCACCAUAUUAAGAUUGCGGGGUUUCUGGGCAUUUUCCCUGGUUCUACGUGUUGUUCUCAACAGAGAUUUCUACGUAAUAAAAUGUUGAAAUAUCA